CCGGCCUCACACUCUCUCUCCUAAAGGGCCACCUCCUAGAGACAGACAGACAGAGAGUUCUUUUUCUCCUUCUUGUCUCCAAGCUCCCUCUCUGCCCUCCCUCCUGGCCCGGUGCAAUACAUUCUUGAGUGAAAGCAUCUGGACUCCAGGGCAGCCCCAGAGAAGAGAAGAGAAGAGAGUCAAAGAGAGAGAGAAAGAGAGAGAGAAAGAGAGAGAGGACUGGAGCCUGAAAGACGCUGGUGGGGGAGCUUGGAUGCUUGGCUGUCUCUGAGGACAUCAUCUUUGGAGCCAAAAAGGGUGGCUUUGAGGUGGGGAUUGUGGUGCAGGCAAGCCAGCCCAGCCCCAAGAUGGACACUUCUGGGCAUUUCCAUGACUCAGGGGUGGGGGACUUGGAUGAAGACCCCAAGUGUCCCUGUCCCUCCUCUGGGGAUGAACAGCAGCAACAGCAACAACAGCAGCAACAGCAGCAGCAACAGCCACAGCAGCAGCAGCAACAGCAACAGCCACCACCGCCAGCAGCAGCAGCAGCAGCCCCCCAGCAUCUUUCAGGACCCUCGGUGCAACCUCAGCCUCCUCAGUUGCAGCAGCAGCCGCCACCACCGGCCCCAGCGCAUCCCCUGUCUCAGCUUGUCCAACUCCAGAGCCAACCGGUCCACCCCGGCCUGCUGCACUCCUCUCCCUCUGCCAUCAGGGCCCCCCCUUCGGCCAACUCCACCGCCGUCCUCCACCCUUCCUCCAGGCAAGGCAGCCAGCUCAAUCUCAAUGACCACUUGCUUGGCCACUCUCCAAGUUCCACAGCCACAAGUGGGCCCGGAGGAGGCGGCCGGCACCGGCAGGCCAGCCCCCUAGUGCACCGGCGGGACAGCAACCCCUUCACCGAGAUCGCCAUGAGCUCCUGCAAGUACAGUGGUGGGGUCAUGAAGCCCCUCAGUCGCCUGAGCGCCUCCAGGAGGAACCUCAUUGAGGCAGAACCCGAGGGCCAGCCCCUCCAGCUCUUCAGCCCCAGCAACCCCCCGGAGAUCAUCAUUUCUUCCCGAGAGGACAACCAUACCCAUCAGACGCUGCUCCAUCACCCCAACGCCACCCACAACCACCAGCACGCUGGCACCACCAAUACCACCACCUUCCCCAAAGCCAACAAGCGGAAAAACCAAAACAUUGGCUAUAAGCUGGGACACAGGAGGGCCCUGUUUGAAAAGAGAAAGCGCCUGAGCGACUAUGCUCUGAUUUUUGGGAUGUUUGGAAUUGUUGUUAUGGUGAUAGAGACCGAGCUCUCUUGGGGUCUGUAUUCAAAGGAUUCCAUGUUUUCACUGGCCCUGAAAUGCCUUAUCAGUCUGUCCACCAUCAUCCUUCUGGGUCUGAUCAUCGCCUAUCACACACGGGAAGUCCAGCUCUUCGUGAUCGACAAUGGCGCUGACGACUGGCGGAUCGCCAUGACCUACGAGCGCAUCCUCUACAUCAGCCUGGAGAUGCUGGUGUGUGCCAUCCACCCCAUCCCCGGCGAGUACAAGUUCUUCUGGACGGCGCGCCUGGCCUUCUCCUACACGCCCUCGCGGGCCGAGGCCGACGUGGACAUCAUCCUGUCCAUCCCUAUGUUCCUGCGCCUCUACCUGAUCGCCCGCGUCAUGCUGCUCCAUAGCAAGCUCUUCACCGACGCCUCAUCUCGCAGUAUUGGCGCACUCAACAAAAUCAACUUCAACACUCGCUUUGUCAUGAAGACUCUCAUGACCAUCUGCCCGGGCACCGUGCUGCUGGUCUUUAGCAUCUCGCUCUGGAUCAUCGCUGCCUGGACGGUGCGCGUCUGUGAAAGGUACCACGACCAGCAGGAUGUCACGAGUAACUUCCUGGGUGCCAUGUGGCUCAUCUCCAUCACAUUCUUGUCCAUCGGCUACGGGGACAUGGUGCCACACACGUACUGCGGGAAGGGGGUGUGCCUACUCACGGGCAUCAUGGGAGCAGGCUGCACUGCACUCGUGGUGGCUGUGGUGGCCCGGAAGCUGGAGCUCACCAAAGCUGAGAAGCAUGUACAUAAUUUCAUGAUGGACACCCAGCUCACCAAACGGAUCAAGAAUGCCGCAGCCAAUGUCCUUCGGGAAACUUGGCUCAUCUAUAAACACACAAAGCUGCUAAAGAAGAUAGACCAUGCCAAAGUCAGGAAGCAUCAGAGGAAGUUCCUCCAAGCUAUUCACCAACUGAGGAGCGUCAAGAUGGAGCAGAGAAAGCUAAGUGACCAAGCCAACACCCUGGUAGACCUUUCCAAAAUGCAGAAUGUCAUGUAUGACCUGAUCACGGAGCUCAACGAUCGGAGUGAGGACCUGGAGAAGCAGAUUGGCAGCCUGGAGUCCAAGCUGGAGCAGCUCACAGCCAGCUUCAACUCUCUGCCCCUGCUCAUCGCGGACACGCUGCGCCAGCAGCAGCAGCAGCUCCUGUCUGCUCUCCUGGAGGCCCGGGGCGUCAGCGUGGCGGUGGGCACCCCACAUACCCCGCUCUCCGACAGCCCCAUCGGGGUCAGCUCCACCUCCUUUCCAACCCCGUACACAAGCUCCAGCAGUUGCUAAAUAAAACUCCCCACUGCAGA